UUUUCUAUGUAUUGAACAGAAUAUAAUUUAACCAGUUCAACGUCGUAUUAUAAUAGUUCACAGGAUCAAUGUUAACUUAAACACUAGCAUAGUGAACUAGUUGGGAAAUAUACAGACUGUAAGAAGAGGCAAAAGCAACAACAUCAUCCAAAUAAGAAAACCACCUAAGCGUCAACUUGGAAAAUGAGUCAGUUUGCUGAUUAUGAAUCGGCUUCAGAGAAUUAUGACCAUGGACGACGGGCAGCUGGGGCAGAUGUGAUAGUUGGUAUGAUGCAAGUACAUUUAAAGAAGGAUAUUAAGGACAUCGACGUUCUUGAUGCUGGAUGUGGAACAGGAAAUUAUUCCGCUGCUAUUUUAAAACAUGGUGUACGUAAACUGUCGAUGAUGGAUGCUAGUAAAGGAAUGUUGACAAAAGCAAACGAAAAACUUGUAGCAAUGGGAUUGUCCUCAUAUGUGGAUGUAAAACAAGCACUACUUCCAAAUCUUCCAUAUGCUGAUAAUACUUUUGAUGUUGUUAUGAUGAAUCAGGUGUUGCAUCAUAUUGAAAAAAAUCCAGAUGGCGAAAACUACCCAUCGAUUAUUGACACAUUUGAGGAGGUGAAUAGAGUUUUAAAAAGCUCUGGAUUGCUCGUAAUUACGACAAUGGUGAAAGAACAGCUUCCUGGAGUGUGGUACUAUUGUUUUAAUAAAGAAUUCUUGCGCAGAUAUAGCUUGAAAUUCCCAUCUGUUAAGGCUUUUAAAACUAUGCUAUUGAAGUCAAACUUCGAUGUUGUCAAUUCUCUUAGCGUUCUUGGUCACGAUAUUGUUCCAAACUACACUAAUUUAGAAGGUCCUCUGAAUAAAUCUGACCGAGAUAGUGAAUCGUACUGGGAUGUUGCUUCGAAGCAGGAAUUGUUAGAAACCUUGAACACCGUACAUUGCAUGAAAGAAAUGGGAACGCUUCAACGUUUUUACGAGGAACAUGAUAAAACAGAUGAACAAGGAUACUUUGCGAUCAUCAUAGCCAGAAAACAGGAUAUCAGUCAGAUUGAAAAAUUGUAAUUGCUUUAGGAUACCUUAUACAUAAUACCAAAUAUGACGUUUGUUUUUUAUAAAAACGUUGUUGGAAAUAUACAACUAGUAAAUCAUAUUUACUUAUACACACGUAUUGGAACGCUCUUAGAUUAACUACAACUGUAUACAGUAGGGGAAAUUUUUCACUUUAGUAAAAAUA